ACAAUCAACUGCAUGUAACUAAAGGAUCCAAUUUUCCAAGUAUAAAAGAAAAAUAAAGAAACAAAACUCAAAACAAAAAUUUAACAAAUCAAAACACCAAAAAUUUUUUACAAAUAACCAAAACAAUUUUUCAUUUGUUUUUCAAUUCUUUUUAUUAAAAAAUAUCCAAUAGUAACAUUAUUUAAUAACGAAUUAAAAAUUAAAAUAAUAAUAACAACAACAUUAAAAAAAAAGUUAUUAUCAAAAUGAGACGAGCCUCUUUUACACCGAUUUUUAAUGCUAGUGCCCAAGAACCUUUAAUUGUAGUGGAAGAAUCAAAUACCGGUGAAGAAGGUGAUGAAACAAAUUUAGAACAAAAAAAUUCAAAUAGUGACGAAUCAGAACCACAGUCUCCUGUAAAUCCAUAUUUAUUAUGUCCAUUUAAUGAUCCUCAUCAAAGGCGUAAACAUUCAUUGCCAUCAUUACAAAUUACAGAGGGUAUAACAGCAAGUCAAGUACGUCGUUUAUCUGAAGCCGGUUCUGAGUCAACAACUUUAAGUACAAAAGAAGUUGAAUUUUUGGCAACAUUAUCUCAACGUUCAGCUGGUCCAUCAUCUGGUGGUAGACGUCAUUCAGUUGUUACAAUAUCACCAGUACCAACGUCAUUAUUCGGUCGAAAUCGAAGGGAAUCAAUAGGUGUUAUUUCAACUAGUCGUAGAGGUAGUGCAAUUGCUGGUCCACCAUUAACUGAACAUCGAGGAAGUGUUCAUAAUUUACAAUUAGAUAUUAUGGAUGGUAUUGUACAAGCAAGAAAAACACGUUCCGGUAGCGGUAUGUGGACGACAUCUGUUAAUGAGAAUAAAGUUCAAGUUCAAACAUAAAAGGAAGUAAAAUAGUAAAAAGAAAAACAGAAUAAAAAUAACAAAAGUAAAAAACACCAAAAAAAAAAAUAUUAAAAAUUAUUAAAAGUGUAAACAAAGAAGAAAUAAUCAGUAAAUUAAAAUAACAAAAACAAAAUUCAACAAAUUAAAAAUUGCACCUGCACAUAUAAAAAACAAACGAAUAUUAUAAAAAAACAAAAAAAAAAUUAAGUAUUUUUAAAAAUAACAUUUAAAAUCCUUUAAAUCCUUGAAUUUUUAUUUUUCACUUUUCCACCUAUUCUUCGCGCGCGUUUAUUAAAUUUUUUCCAAUAUUUUUUUUAUUGAUUUUCAUAUUUUUCUGUUAUAUGGUUGAAAUAACAAUUUCCAAAUAAAUAACAAAAGAACUAUUCAAAUAUCGAAAAAUAUUUAUUAUCAUUUUUUUUUGUGUUAUAACCGAAUUCAGUAUUUUACACUGACAUAUUUAUAGACACGUUUUGAAUUUUUAUAAUAUUGAAUUUUUGUAAUAUUGAAUGCAUUAAUAAUACGCGGAGAAAUUCAGAUUUUUAAAUAACGUGUAUAACACAUUUUUUAUUUAAAUUAAUACUAAAAUAUUACUUUGAGAAAUCUAACUUUAUAAAAAUGGAAAUAGUACUUUAAGAAUUUCGUAUUAAUUUGUGAAUUUUAUGUUUAUAGGGUUCCAGUGAUAAUGCUCAUAAUCAAGAGAAAACGGAAUAGAGAAUAUAAAUUUGUUAUUUAAAUUUAAUACUCGAUUUAGAGUUUAUGCAAGGUAAAGAUGAUGGCGCCCGAAUAUGUUCCUAGUUUGAAUGAAUUGUAGGACAAUUUUAUUGUGAUUUUUAAAUAUUCUUCCAAAAUGAAUUAGUUAAGCAAAAAGAAAAAAAGAAUUAUAUUUUUUGAAUAAUUUGAUUUGAUGUAUUUUAUGAAAUUUAAAUUCUAUUUUCACAAAUAAUUAUUAAUUGUCUAUAUAUUGAGAGGAACUUUUAAUUGAAUUUAAAAGCCGAUUUUCGUAAUUCAGAUAAAAAAUCGAAAUUCUUCCCAUUGUUAAAUUUUCUAAUUUUAAAUUAUAGUAUCGAAAACUAAGAAAAAAAGUAAUUAUACCAAUAUUUUACAUUUUUUACUAUAUUUUCGUUUAUUUUGUAGUUAUUGCAUUUUUUACAUAAAUCGAAUAAUAAAAAAAUUAUUUAUAUUUUUAACAGAUCUGUGUCUGUAUCAAUUUAAAAAUUCUAAAAUUUGUUCUGUUUUGAGUUGUAUUAUAAAAAAAAAACAAAAAAUUUGAAAGUUGUUUUAAAAAAACCCCUUUAUAGGAACGUGCUAUAAUAUGACAGACACAAGGGGUAUAAUAAAAAUCAUUGAAAUAUUAUAUAUGUACAUAAAUCGUGCAAAAUUAUUUAUAUUCCUUUUAAAAACAAAAUAAUAUUAUCAUCUCUUGCAAAAUACAAAUUACUUAAAUUUUUUAUAUACAUGAUAUACUUUUAACUAUAUUAUAUGAGUGUAUAAUGCACUUACAUUUGCAAUUAUUAUUACUUAAAAUUACAAAAUUCAUAAAAAUCUCUUAUGUAUUUUCCAAAGUAAAAUUUAUCAUUCAUAUUUUAAUAUCAAAAAGAAUUACAAGUAAAGUAGGUACCUAGAAAUGCAUAUAUUUAAUAUAUAAAUGUAUGCUUGUACUUUAUCACGUCCUUAUCUAAAUUACCUUCCUUAUUUUAAGAGCAAUAAUAUAACACAGUACAAGAGAAAGAGAAAACACAAUAAAAAUAAGAAAAAAAAAUAUAAAAAUAUGUAGUUGAAAACACAAAAAAAAAAUGACUAUGAAAAUAGCGCACUAUAAAAUAUUUUUGUAAUUUUCAUUUUUUUUUUCUGUCAUUUUUAUUUGUAUAUAUAACGGUACAAUAAGAUUGUUCAGGUGUAAAAUUUUUUACUUUAACUAUAUUAUUAUUCAAAAUGUGAAUACAUUAAUUUCACCUGCCUGAAUAUUUCAUAUACAAAACUAUUCAAUAUUACAAAGGUAAAAAGCGAGAAAAAAAAACAAGAAAUAAAUCGAAAAAAUAUCAACUCAAAUUGAAACUUUUUAAAAAUAUUUAAUGCAUAAAAUAUACAACAAGCUAACAAACAAACAAACGAACAACAAUUUAACAAACGAACAUGUGAACA